AUGUCUCAUUCAAAACAUGUUUUAGCCGAUACCAUGAAGAUGACAUGGCGUAUGGAGGGCUGUGUCAAUGGUCAUGCAUUCGCCAUCGAAGGAGAAGGCACUGGCAAACCUUACGAAGGCAAACAAACAGGGACAUUCCGUGUUACAAAGGGCGGACCCCUUCCAUUCGCCGUUGACAUAGUGGCACCGACCUUGAAGUAUGGAUUCAAAUGUUUUAUUAAGUACCCUGCUGAUAUUCCUGAUUAUUUCAAGAAAGCAUUUCCCGAGGGUCUGACAUACGACAGGAAAUUAACAUUUGAAGAUGGAGGGUGUGCCACGGCCACCGUGGAAAUGAGCCUCAAAGGCAACACUCUCGUGCACAAAACCAAUUUUCAAAGAGGCAACUUUCCCAUCGACGGGCCUGUCAUGCAAAACAGGACGCAUGGCUGGGAACCAACCUCGGAGAAAAUGACACCCUGUGAAGGAAUAAUUAGGGAAGACACUAUCAUGUACCUGAUGGUUGAAGGAGGGAAAUUGCUGAAUUGUCGAUAUAAAAACAAUUACAGAGCUGAGAAGAAAAAGUUAAUGCCUUCCAGCCAUUUUUUGGAUCUCCGCCUCGUCAAGACCAACCACGAUAAGGAAGGUUUGAAGUUUUAA